UCCAAUCAAAUAGCCACCGCCUCCCUCACCCCCCGAUCCCACACGCCCGCCCGUCCAUCAACCUCGGCGCCAUUGCAAAGGCAAUGAACGAGUGGAACGAGCUGCUGAAGGCGGAACUGCUGCCGGAAGCGUCGGCCGGCUGCGGGACCAAGUGUAUCUUGCGGGCCACCGUCUCCACCGGGUACUCCGCGCCGGGCACCAUGGCGACGGCCGCGCAGACCGCCGGGUGCUUCCAGCGACAUAAGAACAUCACCGGUGCCACCACGCUCGAUGGUCUGAGCCGGAAGGAUGGGCUGGAGAAGGCGAACGGCGAGGCGGUGCUAGGUUCGGGCGAGUUCGACAGCACCUCCUCCACGCUGGAGCUAGCGGGCGCAGGAGCGGGCCAGGAUGUACAGCGGAAGCGGCGCGGCCGACGCAACAAGGUCGUCUGCUACGAGGAGGCACCCGAGCACCUGCAGUUCAACCCGUUCAUACGCACCGGCUACCGGACGUACCUGUCGGUGCGGCUCUGCCUGGAGAGCAUGUUCUGGUGGACGAACGAGACGGUCAACAUCUGGAGCCACGUAUUCGGGCUGUUCGUGUUCCUGCUGCUGGCGUACUACGACACCGCGAUGCUGCAGAUCCAGGCCACCACCGUCGACAAGGUGAUCGUCGGCAUGCUGCUGUGCGCCUUCCAGCUCUGCAUGAUCUUCUCCUCCAUCUACCACACGUUCUCGUGCCACUCGGCCAGCAGCUACGACCGGCUGCUGGCGUUCGACCUGUUCGGCAUCGCCCUGUCCCUGCUGGCCAUCUUCAUGAGCGGCAUCUACUACGCGUUCUGGUGCAAUCAGCCUCUUCGGUACUUCUACAUGAUCACCAUCGGUGUCAUCUUCACCGCAGCCAUGAUCCUGCAGGUGCCCCGACUAAAGGUUCCGUCGCACGUCAAGAUGGUGGCGUUCGUUGCCUGGGCGGCGUACGGCAUCGUGCCCACCCUGCACUGGUACUAUGUGAUGGGCGGCUCCGAGAGCACCAUGGUGAAGCUGUUUAUCCCGCGCGUCCUAAUGAUGUACUUGCUCUCUGGUCUGGCAUUCUUGAUCUACGUCACCAAGAUUCCGGAACGAUGGUAUGCUGGUCGGUUCGACUGCAUCGGUCACUCGCACAACCUCUGGCACCUGAUCGUGCUGGCGGCACUCUGCUAUUGGCACAACAGCGGUAUGAAGUACGUCGAGUUCCGGAUGACGCACGGAUGUUCGGCCGGCGUGCCACAGUACGCGUAGUCGCUGUCGACCUGAGAUGGCCAACACGGGAUGCGCUUGCGAGGAGUCAAAGACAGCCUACACCGUAGAUAGAUUUAUUUUAGAUACAUGCCUGCCUGCCUGCCUGCCUGCCGACGAUGCGAGAGUGUGAUGGCCGAGACGUAUGGCGCCGCACCUAGGGUGCUCUAGACGGUCCGCUCUAGGGUGAUCACUCCUAGGUGCUACACGAGUGAAGGUGACGUCUCGUUGUAAUGUCUUCCAAUUUGUGCAGUACGAGAGACUCGGACCAAAAACUCGGUGUGCCACGUUAACCUGCAGCUUUCCUCCGGUCUUCCUCGGUGCUUUGUCGUGCUCGGGCUCUCCAAUGGACCGAUUGCACCAGAUAAAACUCCGGCUGGAUAGACACAUAGGAAGGAUUCUACUGCGCGGAAUGGAAAUUGGAUGCUGGAAUUUCGCGGCGAAGUGCAAGAUAAGUUUGACGUUGGCGUCGCUCAGGCCAUUUGUUAGGGGUUUGGGCUCCUCCGGAAGAUCCAGAUCCAACAGGCAUUAUUUUACGGAAGUGACGGUACCGCUGAGGAUCGUAGUAAGGGCGGCAGUCGAACGUAGUACUUUAGGUUGGUAAGACGUGCUAGAAUGCCGAUGGAGGGCAGGAUAGUUUGUUUUUUUUCUGGGAAAAAAGUCCUUUCCUCAGUUGCCAAGCACAGUGGAGGGAGGCGGGUGGAAGGAGAAAGACGGGUUAAGAAGGCUAAGAAGCUGAAAUGAGACUUUGCUAUCGAAUAAGUUCCAUUAGCAGGGAUAGAGAGAUCUGAUGAAUAGAAAAUGACAUAACAAAGUCCGAACGGGAAGCUACAAGGGCGAAGGAGUUUCGAAUAGAUUAAAACCAGACGGCAGACGGAGGAAGAGGAGAGCCAAAUGUUGCUCAAACAUAUAUUAUAUAGUGUAGGGUUAGAGGUUGCAUAAAUUACACGUUCGCACAAACGGAAUGAUGAAACAUCUAAGGCGAAAGCAGUGAUACUUGAAAAUACAGCGGGAGAGAGAACAAACAGAUGAAAAGAGAGCGACAAUAACGAAUAAUCAAUUGUGAUGUGAUGUGAGCAGAUGAUGGAUUACAAAGUUGCGAAUAUAACGAAAUGAACGAACAAAGGAUGCAG